AUAGAAUAGCGCGAAAUCCAAAAUGGAGGACGGUGAACUUUUUUCCGUUGAAGAUUCACCUCCAGAAACCAGUAAUGAGAGGGAAGACCCAUUUAAGAAAGCACGCUCCAAACUUAAAUAUGUUGGAAAAGGAAAGGGAAAACUGAAUGUUUCAAUAGGAAGGAUGAAGAUGAAGACUCCUGCAAAAGGGAAGAGACAUGGGAAGAUAGGCAGUGCAAACUCCUCAGUUGUGAAACAGAGUUUAAAGGCCAACAAUCGCCAACUGGCGCGGGCGCUAGAGUGUGUGAAACAAGAGCUCCAGAUAGUCACCAAGAGAGAAUUAGCGCUGAAACACGCACACCAGGAACAAAUGGUGAAGAUUAAUUCUCUACAGCAUGUGGCAGGUUUGAGGAAUGAUGGUGUUGAGAAGGAGGUACAGGUCAGAAUAAAGAAGCGAAUGGCUGAUGUUCAGAAUAUCCUUAGCAAAGUGACGAGUAACUUGCUUGAGACUGUGACUCACCUAGGUGAGGCUCUCAACAUGUGUAGUGACCCACGUCCACACUCUGUAGGGACAGCAUGUGAUACAACCAUCGACUCUACAUUGAAUACAUCAGCCUUCAAUACCAGCAUGCCUAAGAGGUCAAUAUUCUACACUGGCUCUGACAGUGCUAAGUCUAGGAAUCCCAACACUUUAAGUAGCCUCUCAAGCGCCAUCAGCAAAGUGGCAAUGAACCUUGAGACUGCUAUAGGUGGCGUGCAUGAUGCACCUAAACAUGUCGAUGAGAUGUCUCUGAUCCCAGAGAGUUCCUUGUUCAUGGAUGAUGUUCCCCUACCAUUCACUGAUGAUGAGAAUAGUGAACAGCUUAUUCUUGGAAAAAUAUCAGAGGGUCCAGAAUUAAGCAAGAGAAGUAGAAGUAAAUCACGCAACUCUGAACUUUUAGGGCGCAUUAUCUCGCCAGAUGAAGAUAAAGACCAUAAAGCAGAGACAGUUGAUAAAGAGCCCAAAAGAAGGACACUUAGGGGCAGAAGUAAAAACAGAAAAAGCAGCAAUAUUCAAACAAAAGAAAGACCCAAAAGUAUAUCACCCCAAAGUGACAUGGAAACUGACUCACAAAGUAAAACUACUGAAACUAUUAACAAUGAUGGCAAAAAUCUUCAACAUACAAGGAGUAAAUCAAGGAGAGGAACCCUGAAGGACACAGAUCCUGUUAAGCCUACAGCUGUGUCCGCUGAAAUUGAAAAGGAGACAACAAUAGAUAGGCGAGGGACAUAUUUUGUACCUAUGAAUGAUGUUGAGACUACACCUCCCUUAACUUCACCUCCGAAAGUAAACCCUGGAGAAAGACGAGGCACAUACUUUGUUCCCCAACCAAUGACCAGAGAUCUUGAUGUGGAAAAUAUUUUUGAUCAAGAUGAUAGUAUUUUAGUAAAUAGCAUGGAUGGUUUAGAUAAGACAAGGAGCAGUUAUGAACCAAUCACCAGUGAUAUUGGUAAUGAAACAAUACAUGAUGACAUUACUAUGGACUUCACAGCAGUCUUACCAGUUAAUAACAUUAUCAUGGCCCCACCUACAACAUCAAGUGUCACCAGUGCAGAUUCAGCUAAUAACAUUGAUCUUAGUGAAGAUCCAAAUAAACAAUACCCAAGUGCCAAUCAAAUAGUUGCUUCGUUCAACAAGAAACAGCAACAAAACAGUGAAUUCAUAGGAAACACUGGAAGUUCUCUUGGACUGAAACGGUUCACGUUUAACAAAGAUAUUAGUGACCCCGAUGAUUCGAAGUCUAUCAGUGAUGCAUCAGAUGUUGAUAAGGAUGUGAUGACUGAAAAGGUUAAGACCAAUGUAGCAUUACAGUUGAAGCGACCAGGGCAGAUGGUCUUCAAGGCAGGAAGGAAGGACAUCAGAGAAAACUCAACGGAAUCGAGACUACCCCAACUCUGCAGAGCCCGAUCUAAGAGUAAAAACCACUCAAGGUCUAAGUCAAGGUCUAAGAAACGGUUACUUGAUCUACCGCAGAAUGGAGAUCCUCCUUCGUUAUUUGACUUUGAAUCCCCUAGUACUUCAGAUAAACCACCGUCUAAAAAUGUUUAUGACAUGUCUCUGAAUGAAUCCAAUCAGGCUCCACUUCCAACACUCUCACAAUUCAGAGAGAAACUACAAUCUCAAGUUGAACCAACUGAAAAUUUCGACAUUAAGGAAGAUGAAUCAGAGGCUAAAACCACUGGUACAAAAUCAAGGUCAAGGACAAAGUCUAAGAAACCAACCACUGAGGAAGCUGAAACUGAGCCAGAUGAUGAUUUUGUGUCAGAAAAACCAAAAGUGAAGAACAGAACUCGGACAAGAACUUCGCGAAAAACUCUUGAGCUUGUUGACAAGAACAAAGAUGCAAGUGCAGAAGAAGACGAGACAGCAAAACACACUGAUGGAGAUGUCAAAGAUGAAAUGGAAAAGAAACCAAGAACCAGGACAAGAACUCUGCGCAAGACUAUUGACAUCCCACAACCAAAAGGUGAUGUUGAAGAUGAGAAAUCUUCCACUGAGCUAGAGGCAACAGUAGAACCCAUUGUUGAAAAGAAAUCUAGAACCAGGACCAGAACUCUGCGGAAAACAAUGGAAAUUCCAAAGGACGUUGACACUGGUGCUAACAAAGAUGUUGAAGCUGAGAAAGUUACAUCAGAUACUGAACUUGAACCCCCAGUUGAGAGAAAGUCCAGAAGUAGGACGAAAACUAAUAGGAAAACAAUUGAUAUUCAGCCUUCUGGUAAUGAUAACAAUGAAAACAAUGAGGAAAAGAGUGAAAAUCCUACAGUUGAAUGCCAGGCUGAAGAACCUCUUAACAAAAGGAAAUCUAGAGCUCGCACAAGAACAAAAACUUCCAGAAAAACAAUUGAAGUUCAACAAGAAAGGAAAAAUGAAUCUGAAACAAAUGGUGACGUUGUAGAGAAAGUCCUCGAAACAAAAUCUAAAUCAAAAGAAGCAAAAGAGUUUGAAAGUAAUGAUGAGGAACUAAACACUGUUAUUGAACCAACGGCUAAAUCAGUUUCAAAGCUUAGGAGAGCAAAAAACCCCAAAAAUAAAGAGACUGAGAUGGAGGAGGAUUCUGAAGAAGUUAUAGAAAAGGAAGUAAUUAAAAAGUCUUCUCACAAAGCAUCCAACAAGAAAGAUGAUAAACCAGAAAUUGAAGCCAACAAGAAAACAGAUAGAUCCAGGACUAAGAGCAAGAGAAAGAUAAUGUUGGACAGUGAAAGUGACACUAUAACAGAUGAGACCAAACAGUCUAAUGAUAUACAUCCAAACAUUGUUGAAGAAUUCUUAAAUAAAGAGGACACUAAACCUGAUGACCUGGCUGGUAAUGGAGGCCCAACUCCCGCUGAAGAUGUCACGGUUCUUCCAGAGCCUAAGGCUAAGAGUGUGAAGAAGAUCAAGAAGAAAGAUGUUGAUGUAAAUGAGCCAUCACAGCUAACUGAGCCCCCUGUGGAAAAGACAACUAACAACCACUUUGUACCUAAAGAGAGGAAGGACUCUAACAAUGUGAGUGUACUAGAGGUGUUCAAACGAAGGCUUACUCUCAUGAAGAUGGGAAAGAAGGUUGAUGACAAAAAGAAGCGGCCAAUCUCACAUCUGUUUGAAGACAGUUCUAUUGAACUGGAGCCAAAGAGACCCAGGAGAGCGGCAGGUGCUGCUGUGUCUUAUAAAGAACCUUCAUUAAACCAGAAAAUGAGACGAGGUGAUCCUAUUGCUAAGACUAUAUACAAGGAUGAACCCCUUGAGAUCUACAAACACAAAGACCUGCAGGGCAAACCAAGAAAAAGUAUGCCUAAGAGGGAUGCUCUAGAGACACUUACAAAUACAAUUGACACAUGAGCCAUGCUAGACAGACACUCAAACGUGCAUAAAUACCCGUGAACAUUUCCUGGAUCUGGGAGUUUUGUAUAUGAACUAAACUCUACAGACUUUUUUUUUUUUUUAGUUUUUAUGGUUCAUUACAGACUUUGUCAUGAACAUCUCCACAUGCCGAGUAAACUCAACUGGACACUUUUAUUCCCCAAACUGGGGAUCACCAGUGUUAUCAAACUGCAUGGUGAAUACAUUCAAAUGUGUUUAACUUGGUCCGAGCAGUUUUCACACAUGAAAAACUCAUUUUGCAUAUUGAGAAGGAUAUAAUUAUAAGUUUUGACACACGCAUACAGUAUGACAAAUAUACACUCAAUAAACACUUACAGACACAUCUGUUAUAUGUGCCAAUAGCGGAUUUGGUUGUAUAAAAAAUUCAACAUUUUCUAUAAAGAACAUGUAUACCCAAAAUACUGUAUAAAAGGGCAAUGUAAAAAUACCAUAAAGUUAACAAAAAGGAAUGAAGGUAUAAAAGGUAUAAAAAGGAGUGGACACAUGCAUACAAAUUCCAAAUCCAAGUACAUAAACAGGAAAGAUCAUGAGAUGUGUAUGAGCUUGAAGUUGACUAGGGCAGAGUAUUCUGUAAAAUUGUACCAUAAUGAACUGUAUAUAAAUUACGGAAUACCAUUUUAUGGGAAAUUCUUUGUGUAGCAUAGUGCUAGACUUGUAUUGUUGUAAAUAUAAUUUUAUAUACUGCAUUAAUGUUGUAAGCUAGUAUUUA